CAUUUUUUCCUCCACAGGGGAAGAAAGGGACAAAAGCUGGGACCAAAAAUAACUUCCCUCUGGAGUGUCUUCUUCAGUGUUGUGGCUGCUCGUGUUUAACCCCGGUGUACAGACGGCAGCGUGUAGUUUAGUGAAAAUCAUGUAUCAGCUUCCAGUUGCAAAUAUUGAGAAGAUCCGAAAGGCGCGGAAGGCGGUGAAAAACAUCCUCAGUGAGAUUGGCCUGGAAGACUGUCAGAACCACCUGAAGGAUAUUAAUGAAAAUACGGAGAAAGAAGCAGAGAAAGAAGCGGAUGAAGAAGCAGCAUUUCAGGAAACCGGCUGGGUUGAUAUCACAGAGGGAUACAGCUACAAACAGACAAAGAAGUGGCCUUAUCGGUCCCGAUCACUGUGCUGCAGUAUGUGCAAGUACUCGUCGAAAAAUGUCUACAACUUCAGGAGCCACGUCACUCGCUGCCAUGGACACAUACAGUCGUUCUGUGCGUUGGCGCCCUGCUCGCAAUGCCUCUUCAUCGGUCACCCAAAGACGGUCAAGAAGCACAUGCUUUUCUUUCAUUCCAAACUCCCCGUACCAAACCUCCAGCAACAGGGGGAAAGCGUCGCACCCGUCUUUCAUGGCAACGAGAGGUAUCAGUGUCAAAAGUGUGGAUUUCCGAGCCCCUCUGUCUUCGCGGUCAAAAAGCACAUUAUUCUCAAGCACCUGGACCACUUGGCAGAGCAGUACAUCGGUUACAGAUUGCACCAACAGCAGAGUACUUCCGUGAAGGUCUACUGCUGCAAGGUGUGCAAGGUCAACACUGGAUCUCUAGACCAAAUGUUGCAUCACAUGCUGGUGGAACCAACGCACUAUUCAGUCAGCACGCAAGUGCAGGGUUUGAUAUACGAGAACAAGACUUACAAUAUUAAAUCACCGGCACGCAGCAGCGUGUUUGUGAGAUUCCCAAGCAUCGCUCCCAAACCACACUCACCUCAGUUUUUACACAGCAACUCCUUGGUCCUACCAAGUAAUGGCCAGCCUGGGACUGUGGUGGCUUUGCAGCAACUGUCGGGUUCUACAAAUAGUGCUACUUUGAUCUGUGCUCCAGGAACUAACCAAGCUUUUCUGCCGCCUCAAGCGUCGGCACUCGUGCAGCUCGCCAGUGCUGAAGCUAAAGGUUUGCUCCAGCCCGGCGCCACGAUAUCCCUCCGAAGUGCUGUGUCUCAAGGAUCCCCCGCGGUCCAGCUUCCAACAGUGUCAAAUCUAUCCCUGAAACAGGCGUCGGCGACCUUACCUCCUGUUACAGUUCACGCUCAACAGGCUUCCCAAAUGCAGUCAGUUCUUCCAAAGUCGCACGGCAACCUGACGGCCGGAACUGGGACUUUGCCCAAAGCUGCUGCAGCUGCACAGAAUGUAUCAACGAACCCCAUGGCUCUACAGGGUACCAUGCUGACUUCACAGUCCCUCCUGAGCCACCUGAUCCCGACUGGUAACAGGGUGAACGGCUUGCCCACGUACACCUUUGCUCCAUUACAAGCAGCCAUGCCCGUCUCUCAGAGAAUAACGACCCCCCUCAAGUCCGUUGAGCAAACUAGUAACUCUGUACCACAGACCAAGAAGUGGAUCACGUGCCCGUUCUGCAACGAACUUUUCCCCUCCAAUGUAUUUGACAUACAUAUGGAGGUCGCUCAUCCAACGAAAGCGUUGAAGGCGGAAAGCGUGGCUGCCCGCGCAGCGUUCCUGAAGAAGAUGCCUGACAAAACUGUCAAGUGUCUCACGUGUAAAAUUCUACUUUCAGAAAAGAGUGUCUUCCAGCACCUGCUGCAUGGCCUCAGUUGCUUGUACUGCUCAGCCUUGUUCUUUUCAAUCAAACAGCUUUUAGAGCAUGUGAAGCAGCACAAUCCCACAAGCAAAGCGUACUGUGAUUUUCUGAGGCAGAAGUACAGGGUCUAUUCUAAAAGUUCGGGAGGGAUCUUAUUUCCUUACUAUGACGUGAACACCACGGCACCAAAGGAAGUCCUAGGCGACGUAGAGGUCAAUCUUGCCCUGGUCACGAGUUCACUUGACCUGAUCUUCUUCAGGUUGGAGCCCAGCAACCAGCCCGAAAUCUGUCCAGCACCGGUAAAAGUCACUAGUGCGUAUUGUCCUUUCUGCGAUGAAAAAUUUCAGCACCAAGCCGAUCACCUCCGGCACCUGAAACAGAAGCACUUUGUAGCGCCGACCAUUCAUGCCGUCCUCAAGACUGAGGCGUUCAAAUGCAUUUACUGCAAUGGCGUGUAUACCGGCAAGGUCACCCAGCACGCUGUGAUGCUCCAUCUACAACGAUGCCGGUGUUCACCUAAGCCGCUGCAGCCGCCCAAACCCACAAUUACCUUGCCGAAGCUGCCGCCACUGCCGCCGCCGCCGCAGCAGCAGCAGCACCCACCACCGAAACCAACUGCACACAUCACUCAGGCUUCCAGCCUCUACUUUCUCCAAGUGCCAAGGGGGAUGACUAUGACGCAGGCUGUGGCCCCGCCUAGCGUCAUUCGUCCACCACCACCACCACCACCACCACCUGAGGAGCGUCAGGAAACGGAGGCAGAAAUGCAGUCCAAGAAGAGGCUGGAAGCGGCAUUGAAGGAGGCCAUGGAGGCAAACAAACGAGACCGGGAACAAAAGGCUUUCAUGCGCAAGAAGCGGGAGCAGGAGAGGCUGCAGAAAGAGAAGGAACUGGCGGAGAUGGAACCUGAGAGCGACCCUAACGUCAAACUGGCAUUAGAGCCGAAAUUAGCACAGCGCCGCUGCAGCGAGGAGCGCAGGGACUUCAUAUCCAAGUAUUUCAACUUGAAUCCCUAUGCAAGCAAAGCCGAGACCGAAGAGCUGUGCAGGAGGAUGAACUGCACCAAACCAGAGCUGAUAGCGCUCUUCAGCAAGAAGCGCAGCAGGUGCUUGAAGAGCCUGAAGGUCAACACGGCUGCUAUCCUCCUGGGUUUCAACAUGACGGAACUGGGUAAAGUGAAGCACAACCUCUUGAUCCCGAAGCAACAACCUGCCGACCCGGCGGAGUCACAGCGAGCUGCUGCUGCUGCAGCAGAGCCGCUGGAGUCGCCACCCGUCCACGCAGAGCAGAUAAACCGUGAGGCCGGACCUGAACCGAUGGAUGAAAGCGCAGCUGGGAAAGCUUCAGAACCUGUGGCUGAAGGUGGACUUGAGAGAGUCGUGGAACCAGUGGGUGAAAGUGAAGCCGCAAAGGUCACAGAGCCAGAUGAGGCCAGAGUUGCAGAACUAAAGGGUGAACGUGGAUGCGAGAACGCUCCAGAACCAAUGGAUGAAAGCGGAACCAAGAUUGUCGCAGAACCAAUGAAUGAAAGUGGAGUUGAGAAACUUUCAGCUGAGGAACCAGCGGCGCCGAUGGAAUGAGUUAAGAAAUCUGAAAACGGGACCUAAAAAUGGUUAGGAGUGCAAAUGUCUGACCUUGAAACCAGAAAAAUAACCUGCUAACUGACAAUGGCCUUUAGCGUUGACAGAAGUUUACCAUGCUUUGCAAAGAACCAUUCGUUUCCUGACACCCAAGUUAUCCUGUAACUGAGGACUGUUUAAUGUAGCCUUCAUUAUUUGACCUCAGUAUGUUGUCAGUGAUCCGUAACCUAAUUUCUUCUUAAAUACAAUACCAUAUUGUUUCUCUGGAACAUAAAAAUACAGAUAAAUUGUCAGUAAUAUUCUCAGACUGUUUAGCUCCAGCAGUAUUUAGUAAAACAAUCUUUAGUCCUCCACGAUAGCAACACACUUAAAGUCAAAUCCUAAUUUGAUCCUCGUAGCUGCCUUUUAAACAUCUUAUUUAAGCUCCUUUUUUGUACAAAAUUAUUUUCUUCCCACUUAAGAGAUGAUGUAUAUCUUUGCUUUAUAAAUUUGAUCAUAUUCCUAUCUUGUGUACAGCUGCUUCCUUUUUGACUGUUUUUCAUUUAUUUAACGUUUGAGACUCGUCGCACUGUUUGCUCCACUACUUGUGUUCCUUCCCGUCUCCUGGAGGUGAAACCCGUUCAGAAUGUACACAUUUGUUGAACUCCAACACUUAAUGAACACUUUAUUGGCCAUGUGGUUUGCAUGAGUCUUUGUUUUAUUGUCAGAACAAAACAUGAUUGGUGCCAUGGUGAACUCUGCACAUUUCAAUUCCCCCCUAGAUUCAACACGAUUGGUAUCAUGUUGCUGGGUGUCCUUGCAUCGCUUCUAUAUUCCUGACGGUUGUUUUCUACUAUACUUGUAUUUUCUAUAAAUCCUAGAUUAUGAAAACUGUUGAAUUAGAUAAAAAAAAGCCCCCCUGUUCGAUGCCACUGUGUUGUAAAAGUAAUAAAGUGGUUUCCUUUGACAUAAAUGAUUUUUUUUUUUUUUUCCAAAUAAAAAACUCCUUACCAAUGAACACAUUUCAAAUUUAGGAUCACACAAUAUCUGCAAAGCAUUAUGUGCAAUAAAAGGCUGAUAAAUGUACAGUCUUGUGGAUGUUUCUUAACAUCACCCCCCAUGUCUACCUUGCACUUUUAAUUUAAUUCAGCUACAACCUCAUUGGAAAGAAAAGAUUGACAUUAAAGAGGGGACCUGCCAAAUGUGCCAAACUCCCAUUUAUUUAAACUUUCCAAGAAGACAGGUUGUAAUUUAAAAAAGGGAGAUUAUUAUUACUAUUAUUACUAUUAUAUCGCCAUCGUGAUCCAGCUAAUAUUGAACGUUUUAUUGUCAAUUUAUACAGAAUAUCCAAGUAUUUAAAAAAUGAGUCAUGAAUAGCUUGAUAAGUGACGUAUUGCAGAAUUAAGCAAAACUUUGAAGGAAAAUAAACGGUUGAAAAUAAAGAUGUGGAUUAAUUCUAAAUGAUAUUCAGAUGAUUGUGCAAGACUUUUUCAUUUGUGUUGACCCUAAAUACUUUCCUGGAGGGUCCAACUUUACACAGUGAGGUGUCUAGUUGUGCAUCCCAGUGGGAGACACUGGUCCUCUCUGAAGGACUGAUGCUGAGAUGGUUGUGAAUUGAUGGUUUUAUAUGGAUAUAUCAGAGGUAGCGUUUAAGAGCAACACCUGUUCUUGCAAAGACUUUUAUCAUGUUUCCAAUAUGCUUAAAAUAUAACUUUCUUGUAGGUAAAUGGGCACUUAUGUUGCAUGUGGGGGAACUUCUCAAUGCUAAUUUUCAAGAAUACUCAACAAACUCAUUGGUCCCGCGGCUCGUGGAGACACUAACUCCUCAUAUGUCUAUUAUGACAAAAGUUUAAAAUGACUCCAGGAAGCUACUGAUGCUGUAGAGCGUAUGAACCAAAACUUAGAAACAAUAGUCAAAUAUGUUUCCUUGUAUGAAAGAGACAUUUUAUUUGA